GAUUAUUUGUCUGGCACCUGAAGAACACUGGAAUACGGCAGAUACCAUGCCAGUUUGUGCAUCUAUGCCAUGUAGCCAAUAACAGAUUGAUUACGUUUCAGUACUUCAACUUUCUCAAACGAAUGUAUGUAACACAAUACAACAAAGACCUCAGCCAACGAGCCAAACCUAAGUCAGAUUCAGUUGCAUCUCCUUUUCGUGAGCUUCAGCAAUUUGAUCAAGAAAAAAAGGUUAUACACAAGAUUAGACCAAUUUCACCUGUUCAUCAGCCUUUGUCUGAGACAUCAAGCAGAAAUGAGUUGAGAGAAGUGAAGUCAGCUGCAGAAACUGGCAACUCAGUCACACCAGUAAGAGCAGAAUCCAAAGAGGACAGACAGUGGAAAGAAAUGAAGCUACGGCUGGAUGACUUGCCAGGAAUUUUGGCACGCCUGUCCAAAAUUAAGCUUACAGCUCUGGUUGUAAGCACCGCGUCUGCUGGCUUUGCCAUGGCCCCGGUCCCUUUUGACCUGACCUGUUUCCUGCUCGCCUCCCUUGGAACUGGACUGGCAUCCUGUGCUGCCAACUCCAUCAAUCAG